AUUUACAAGAUGGCCGCGCCCAUGAAGAUUCGUGCGAGUUGAUAUCCUUCCUUGUUUUUAUUAUUAUUCCUAAUAACAGAUCUGUCGUACAUGUAACAAUUGCUUGCAACGGUCGUAAAGGUAUUGGCUGUAGAUAAAGAAAUAGAAGCAUGAAGAAGCAAUUAAAAGUUGUUAUUGUAUUGUCAUUGCUGGUGUCACUGAGCAUAGUGGUUGUAGGACAGUUCAAGAAGCUUGGAAGUCACAAACCUCCGUCCAAAGGCGCUACAAUUUUGGCUGGAAAGUUUCCACCUCCUACUGUAUUUUAUUCUCAUUUCAUUGAGAAAGGACAGCCAUUGUUAAUGAAAGGUGUUUUGAAUGAAACUGGUUAUACAGCAUUUGUGAAGUGGACAGAUAAAUAUCUUGGGACAAAGUAUGGCAGUGAGAUAGUGGAGAUUGAGAGAGGAAAGAAGGAAGACAGAGAUGGAAAAGCUAUUGAGCUAACCCUGUCUAAAUAUCUAGAAAUCUACAAGAGCAGUGAUCUAUAUAUGGUGCAUACAGUACCUGAUAGCAUGAAAGAUGAAGUUUUGGUACCCUACAGCCUGCAGUGUGGUGGUUUCCAAGACAACCUGCAAGAUGCUGUACUCUGGUUCUCAGGAGGCAGUACCAAGUCUGUCCUACAUUACGACACUGUGGACAAUAUAAACUGCCUGCUUGACGGAGAAAAGAAACUGGUACUCAUAGAUAAGAGAUAUAAGAACAUGGUAGAGGAGCAUGGCUGGGUGGAGGAUGGUGCCUAUAGUCAGGUGGACGUGGAUGCAGUGGAUCCAGGCAAGUUCCCUGGUGUAUAUAAUGCAGCCUGGUUCCAGAUCAAUAUGCAGAAAGGAGAUUGUGUCUACAUACCAUACAAAUGGUAUCAUCAUGUGUAUUCUCCACCUGGGAGAAAUCUAGCUGUAAAUCUCUGGUUCUCACAUUUAUGGUGGUUCAAUCAGACAGAUUGUAAAGAUUACACAAGUAAAGAGAGUAAACCAUUGUCAGAGUUCUCCAUGGCAUCUCCAAAUAUGCAACUAAGGUCUGAGUUUCUGUCACGUUUUGAUGGACAUUCAGGUGUGAGUCAGAAGUCUUUUAUAAUGAACUGUGGAUGUACCAGUGAUCAAGAUGCGCUUAAGUUGUGGGAAAUGCUGAAUAAAAACAAGGACAGAAAACUGACGUGGGAGGAAUUUUACAGUUUUGAUAUGGAUGAGGCUGUAAUGAAGGUUCCGCAAUGUUUUAAUGUUGACAUCGAUGAAGAGGAGGAGGAAAGUGUUGAAGAUAAAAUGCAGGAAGAGAUUAAAGUUGAUAUUGGUAAAGAUGAGACUAAAGAUGAAAAUGUUGAAAGUAGUUCAUCUGAACCUGUAGAUAAUUUAGGUGAAAGUUUAGGCAGUGUUGAAUCCCAGGAUAAAGAUAUCAAAGAUAUAGAAAAAAACAAUAGAUGGUAAAACUGUAGAUACUGAUAAAGACUCAUCUACAGAUAAAACUGAAGAGGAAGAAGUUGUAAAAAUGGAUAAAAGUGCUGAAUCAAAAGUAAGUGCAACAGGUGAUAGUGUUGAUACCUCUGACCAGAAAGGUAGAAGUACAGUAGACACUGAUGAUGACUCAUUAAAUGGCAGACAGCUAAAUGAGAAGCAUGUUGAACAUGACGAGUUUUAAGUGGUUUAACUGUAGGUUCAAAUUCAUUUAAGUUUAAAUCACUUUAAUCCAUGAUACUGGUACAUGUGAUCCAACUAUAUGUAUACAUCUUUCUAAAGGUCUCUGAGGGUGGUAGCAGGCUCUUUUUGAACUUUUUAAGAUAUCUUCAGUUUUGUCUGUUUUGGGGCCAAAAAUAGGCAGAAUUGCAAUUUAAAAAAUGAAUGUUUUUGGAAAUUUUACUCUUUUUUUUUUUCUUUUGGCGUGAAAAUAUAGCAUUUAUGCUAACUAAGAUAUCCAGAAAGUUUUUAUAACAGUCAGUUCACAAAUCAAGUCAAAAUUUAAUUUAAAAAAUAAUUAGAGGUAAAAUUGACUGAAAUCAGUACCCCACUAGAAUCAUUUUAUGAAGAUAAAUUAAAAAGUUAUAAAGAUGUUUUGAAACUUUAAGGAGAUCCCAUUACAAGUCUUGGGGUUUGUUAGAAUGAUGUUUAAUAUCAAUAGUAGUGUCUUUUAUUUAAAGAGAUAUAUCAAGGAAAAUUUUUGUUAUGGAAAAGGUGGAUUAUAUAGCGGAGAUUUAAGUAUUUAAAUAUCUUAUAAUCAUAUACAGUGAAAUCAUUAACCCUUAACCUGCUAUAUUUCCAUAAUGGACUGGUCCAUCUUUCAAUUUGGACAGUACCACUUAUUACUCAAAGGGGUUUUCACUGAAAAUUUACUGACUGAAUAGCGAACAGUGCAGACCAUGAUCAGACUGCACGGAUGUGCAGGCUGAUCUUGGUCUGCACUGGUCGCAAAGGCAGAAUCAUCUGCCGCCAGCAGGCUAAGAGUUAAUAUUUGUGGGGGACUAACUUUUAUGGAUUUUGUGGUUGAUUCAGUCCACACAAUUAAAUCAUGAAGAAUAGAAAAAAAUAUUUGUUUAUCAUAUUUCUAAAAUUUUAAAUCCAUGAAUUUGUGUACCUGUGGACAAAAUUAUGAAAUUUAAAUGCUCACGUUAUUUUGUACAAAACAUUCCAUACUUAGAUAAAUAUUCCAUUAAAUGGUUUUGUGUUGUGACUGAUACUUGCUCAUACACUAUUUCUCUUACUAGUGUUUCAUAUUUUAUUUUUUAUAUCUUCUAAAAAUACAGUAAACCUCGCUUAUAAGGAACAGCUUGGGACCUCUAAAAAUUGUUCCUUAUAACCGAGGUUUCCUAUAUCCGUAUAGCGAACUAAUUCCUUGUAACCGAUGUUUGUAUAACGAACACAAUUUGUACAGCGAACACUGUUUGACUGACGUUUGAAAAGGGCUCCGGGUCGACCAUGAA